AUGGCGUGUUGAGAGAUGUUUGCAAUAAGAGUGGUGAGUGAUCAUUUCUGUGUGGAAGCUUGACUUUUGUGAAGAAUGCGGUUUUUCGAAUUUUGAUUUUAUUGUGCCAAAAGGAAACAAAAAUGGCAGCUGAAAGAGUGGACUGGGUGGAGAUCAUUGAACCCCGAACACGGGAGCACAUGUAUGCUAAUCUGAUCUCAGGAGAAUGUGUCUGGGAGCUUCCUCCUGGUGUCAUGGUGAAAAAGACAGAUGAGAAUCAGUGGUGGGAGCUGUUUGACCAAAAUACUUCUCGUUACUAUUACUAUAAUCCAAGCACUCAGAAGACAGUGUGGCAAGCACCCCAGAACUGUGAUAUUAUCCCACUGGCAAAACUUCAGACACUGAAACACAACACAGAAGUCCAGGAUGAUUGUGAAACAAUAUUGUUCAAAAAAGAAACUGUAGCCACACAAACAAGUUCAAAAAGACCUAGUAAAGAAGAAUCCUCAAAUAAAUUUCCUAUGGUCUGUGCUGCAACUCAGACCAGUCCUUCUGCUUCACCUCAACCUCGUAGGAAGCAUCAUCACCACCACCAUCAUCACCGUCACCACCGUUCUCACAAGCAUGAUUCAGUUUUGCCAACAUCAACUCCACAUCACUCCUCCUUGUCUCACCAACUUCCCACUGCUGGCGCCCCCAGAGAAGAACAAUGUACACAGAAUCACUCCAGUCAGACAACAUCACGAUCCCAAGACUCUGGUCGUUCUAGUGAUUCCAGUUCUAUUUCACAAAGCCAUAGCUCCCUUGAAAGUGGUGCAUAUUCAAGGUUAAGGACAAAGCCAGAAUCUGAAUGUUCAUUUGACAGUUUUGAAUCUGCUUCUUCUACAAACAAAAAGUCUAACCAGCAGGAGUCUUUGAGGAAAACUGGAGGAGCUUUGAAUGAAGAGUUUGUGUUUCACCAUCCAUUUUUAGCAUCACCAGCUCCACCUGUGAGCAACCCCAUUACUAGAAAAGGGUCAUUUGAUUUAUCUCGAGCUUCAAGUUUUAGUUCCUGUCGUGUAAAGAACACAGACUCACCAAGAACAUACUUAAAAAUUGGAUGUUUAGCCAAAGAACAAAGAAGUGGACAAAAUGGACAGUCUCUCUUCUUGUCUAGUCCAUUAAGGAGUAAUUCUGUGGAAGAAACUCUGCCUCCUCCUCAGAGGCGUCACUUUAGUGAAGACUUAUCUGCUAGUCAACGGGAACGUCUCAGAUUUCUUGAUCAUUCCUACCGUCCAUCAGAAUUGGGUACAGAAAAGUGUUUAAUCAAUGGUUUGUGUACACCUGGAGUAAAUAGAAGGUACAUAUCUCGAAGUGGAUCUCACAGCACGGAUAGCAAUAUGUCUAGUCCACAUAGUCCAGUUGUACCUCACUCUUCAGACUUCAGAGGAAGAACUUCAGACAGUUCUCCACAAUCUUUUGAUUCUUCAGGUCAAGGAGCUGAUAGUGGUUUGGUAUCCCAAGGAAGCCACAUCUCUUUGGAAGGUUAUCAUUCAGCUAUUCCUGAUCAAGUGUCAGUGGUAUAUAGCAGUAAAAACUCCAAACUUAACACUUCAGCAUCAGAAAAAGGCACAAAAUCAACUUGUCAUCAUGGAAGCAGUGAAAAUGCACUGGCCCGUUAUUUUCAGAGAGUUGUUUCUUGUGAACCUCAAUCAUCAGCAAAGAGUAAACAACCUCGAAUUCCUCCACCGGAGAAUGAAGAGCCCACUCCUCUGUUCAGUAACUUGGACUGUUCAGGGCUAUGGGAUUACAAAGACGAUGGCAAUUCCUAUUUCUUUCCCUUGCAGAAUUUUCUUCUUGAAGAAGCCAAACUGUCAGGAUAUAGCAACUUUUCAGACUCACUUUCCCAAAGUGAUGAAGAUUCUGAUGGUGAUCUUGAAGAAGAUGAUGGAACUUUUGCAGAUGAUGAACGAAUGAGUCAACAAGAUUCUUCAGAAGAAGAAGGCCUAGAUGAAGCUAGACUUAUGACUGAUGAUGACUAUCGAACUUAUGCUGAACCCUAUUCACCUCCUUUUUAUCACCAAGACCAACCUGACCAUAGACAACCAGUUACUACUCAACCUCCAUCAUGGCUAGAGGAAAGUGAUAAACAUAGUAGCAGGAUAUAUUCGUCAAUUUCUCCUUCCCGCUCAGAUAGCCAACGUGCUUUGUCAGGGUUGAUGUUUAAUCCAGACAACCAGAAGUCUUCCCGCUCUCCUCCUCUUUACUCUCCUGUUUUGGAAAAAUCCCAGUUUUUUCAGAAGGAAAUAAUGUUUGGUGGAGGGCACAGUCCACUAAGUCCAGCAUCCUUAUUGACAGACAAAAGAAUCACUGCAGCCAGAUUGACCAGGUCACUUAAUAGACAGGAAGCUUUGUUAAUGGGCAAUGCAUUGAUGUCUGAUAAGAAGCUGCUGCCAGAAGAGGAUAUUGUAAAGUAUGCAGAGGACAAUCUCAACAUACAUAAAAAAGGAAUUUUCAGAAAGAAGUUUACCAUUAGAGACAUGCUUUCAUGGUCAAAGGAUCCCAUAAGAAAACCUAUGAUAAUGACAACCGAAAAAUCUUUGAAGCAAGAUGCACGUGAACUAUUUAAACUGAUCCAGGUUUAUAUGGGAGAUCGUAAGGCAAAAACUGGUCAGACUGUAGACAGAGUGGCUUUAGACAUUGCCACAAAGGGGUGGUGCAAAGAAGCCCUUCGUGAUGAACUUUUUAUCCAGAUUUCACGACAGACUACCAACAAUCCUCAUAGGGGAAGUCUGAGGCAAGGCUGGGAGCUGAUGGCCAUUUGUCUUUAUUUUUUUCCACCAUCUGUCAAGUUGCAUCCAUAUUUAGAAAGUUACAUCAAUCGUCACAAAGAAGAUACUACACUUGAUAUUCCUCAGUUGAGGUUGAGCCAUUAUGCUACUGUCUGUAGUAAAAGAUUAGAAAGAAUGGGACAGUUGAGGGCCAAGAAAGGGCCUAUGUGUAGAAAACCUACAAUUGAUGACAUUGAGCAUUCAAGGCUUCAAAUUUUCCGAGUUUCCAUGUUUGGGAAUAAAUUGGAAGAUGUGAUGACCCUUCAGAAAAGAAAGUAUCCAAGUCGGAGACUUCCUUGGAUCCAGACUACUCUAUCUGAACUUGUUUUAAAACUGAAUGGAGCUCAAACAGAGGGAAUAUUCAGGGUUCCAGGAGAUAUUGAUGAGGUAAAUAUAAUGAAAGUGAAGAUGGAUCAAUGGCAGCUGGUAGAAUGUAACGACCCUCAUGUUCCUGUGUCACUUUUGAAACUCUGGUAUCGGGAACUUUAUGAACCCCUUAUUCCCCACAUAUAUUAUGAAGAAUGUAUCGAAAACUGCUGUGAUCCUGUAAAAGCAAUAGCCAUUCUACAUAGGCUGCCAGAGUUAAACCGCUUAGUCCUUGCAUAUUUAAUCAGGUUCUUACAGGUAUUUGCUGCAGAGGAAAAUGUUGCAGUUACCAAAAUGGACUCAAACAACCUUGCCAUGGUGAUGGCACCUAACUGUCUGCGAUGUACUUCAGAGGAACCACAAGUAAUAUUCGAAAAUGCAAGAAAAGAGAUGGCAUACCUGAGAACAUUGAUUCAGAAUCUUGACACCAAUUUCAUGGAAGGAAUUGUGUGAUAUAUCUAUAUGACUUCGAAAAUACAUGUUGCAUGGAAGUGCCUUUUUUUAAGAGGCUUAACCAGUUUUCAGUAUUACAUUCUUGUAAUCUCAAACUGAAUUUUAUGGAAACAACUUAACAAUGACUAUCACUCAAAAGGUAUAUACAACAACAGAGAACUUGUGCAUUACUAAAAUAAUAUAAUGUGCUUCAUAUUUUUUAAAAAUAUUUAAUAUGUUGUUUUAUGUUUUUUCAACAAAAUGCUAUGCUACUAUCCUAGUCUGUUUUUUGUUUGGUGCAUACUUGAGAAACAAACAAAUAACAAAACAAGUGCAUGUGAGAUAAUGCAACGAUGCAGAGGAAAUUAAGAAUACUCACUGACAGAAGAAUUGGAGUAGCAAAAUGUGUUAAUACAGCUUCUUUCUAAAAUGUAUAUUUUUAUCUUUGUUUAGCCAAACACAAGAAACUUUAGAAAUACAGCUAAUAAAGAGUGUUGCUUUAGGUAGCUAUUUUGUAAUGUUUUGAAUUGUUGAUAUUUGAUAAAAUUUCUUUAUAAAUAUAGUAUAAGUUCAAAUUAGGCACAUGUACGUUUUUGUAUAGUAGCUUGACAGUAAGUACCAGGUUUGGUUAUAUUUCAUAUUUAUUCUGGUGAUUUAUUACAUAUAAGUGGGUGUGGUAGAAUUGCAUGUAUUUUUCAUUAUUUCCUGUUUCUUGGGUAUGUAGAUUAUAUUCUAUGUUCUCAAGAAUCAAAUUUUAAGUAUUAACUAGGAAUGAUUAAUGUAUAUAUAGACAUAUAAAUCACAUAAAAAAGUUUAUUCAAAACUCUUGAAUAGGAAUGAUUUUUUCUUUCAGUAAAACAUAUUCAUAAUGUUGAAAUCAAAACUUUAACCAAUAAGUCUACCUUUAACUUUUUGAAACUAUGAUGUUUGCAUAAGAUCCGUCUGUUUAGCUAAAAGCAAAAUGGCAGAACUUCAUUCAUUUAAUGUUUUUUUUAAUAAAGGUGCUCAUUGCUGAAACUUGGUUUAAAUAUAUUAUGCUCCUGAAGUUUUAAAAUCAAUAUCUUGAUAUCAUUUUCUCUAUAUGUCAAUUAAAUCAGUUUAAAAGAUUUUAAAUUCUUUAAUUUAAUUGGAAAAGUUGAAGUUCAGUUACUUAGUAUCAUUUCAAACCUGGUACACAUAUUCCAUUAUAACACAGCUGUCAGAUGAAGAGCUUUGAACUGUGUAAAAUAAGCUUUUAAAUGUCCAUUUUUAUGCACAAUAUAGUGGUUAAUUGCUAUAAAGGUAAAAACGAGGUAGUUUAUGUUUUGGUAAGCUUCAUUAAUAUACAUAAUUUCAAUUUUGAAAAAAAGAACAUUUUUUAUAUACGCUAAGUGUUUUAAUACAUGAUACAGUUUUGUAAUGCUGAUAAAAGCUGAGGAUAUAUUUGUCUUUGUGCUAUUUUUGUAUUUUACUCUUUUCAUAACAAUUAGUAACAAAUUAUCAACAUAUCACUAACCUAUAGCACUGAUUGCUUAUUGAAAUCAAAAAGUUAUUUUUAUCUAAAAAAAUUAAACUUCUGCUAUUUUUGGAGUCAGUAAAUAAAACCACUAAGAAGCUAUCUAGCCUUUGAAGUGACAAUCAGUUUAUUUUUUAUGUAAGAUAGUGUAAUAAAAUAACAAGAAUAAAACUAAUAAUUUUUUUUAACAUUUAAUCACAAACAUAUCCAGUAUAGGUUUUCAGUAAAAUAAUUAAGUCAUGUGCUCAGUAUUACUUUUGAGUAAGACUAUUGUUUAGACUUGCCUGGCUCAAUGAGCAUUAAUUUUGAAAACAACAACUUAUAAACAAGAGUGUACAAUAAAGUAAUUGAAAUACUGAUAAUGCACUCAUCUUGUUUAAAAACUGGCUUGAGAUUUUUAACAAUGUUUCAGAACUUAUUAAUAAGCUUUUAAUAAUCUUUUAUCAUACUUUCUAGCUUAAAAAAUGCUUAAUGCUGAUUUGGUGUUGUACACCUAUGAUGCAAUAUCAUUUACUUCUUUCAUUAAUGAUAUGAUAAAAAAGAAGUAGAAAUAAAUUUUUUAAGACUAAAAACUAGAAUGUUGUAAUUUUGUAUAAAAUGUGUUUAUCAAUGUACUAUGAUAAAAGUGUUCAAAGUAAUGUAAAUGUCAUUAUAUUUUAUAAUUAUGAAUUGCUUGCAAGCUACCUCAGUCUAUUAAUUUUACUAUAUCUUUAUUAGUAGUAGUUCUCUGUGUAUCUUUUUCCACUGCUUUAUUAUGUAGGGCUUUUAUUAAUAUUGAACUUAUUGUAUGGUGUUCAUCUAAAUGUCUAGUAAAAAGAUUGUAUAACAUUUAUUUUGCAUUUAGGAUAGUUGUGCAUAAAAUAUUUAUUGUGGCUUUAGAAUUAUUGUUUAGGGAAAUAGCAUAGAUUGGUGUUGCCACACCAUUUUCUUAAACAGCUGGUUAGAGAUUCAGAAUGAAACUCAAAUAUAUAAAUUACUUGUUAAACAAGUUUUAGAUACUACCCUUUUAAAAGUAUUUGAGAAAAAUUAAGAAUAGUGGGAGUUGCACAAAAUCAUCCCCCCUAGAAAUAUUAAAAUGAGAAAAACAGUUUACAUUACUUUCAUUUAUUUUUAAUCAUUUUUAGAUAUUUUUAGCAAUGUAGGUACAAAUAUUUUGUGAUAUUACUAACUUCCUAUAGUCUAGUGGCCACAUAAAUUGAUGUACCAAGUAGAUGCAGUACUGUAUAUGUAUUAAUGUGAGAAAAUUAAGCCUAACAUGACACAAACAAAGUUUUUGCUUUCUUAUGUGAUGUCACUUUAGUAAUGUAUUUAUAUCAUAAUUUCUUACACAUUUUUAAAUAAUAAUUUUUGAUGAAAGGGUUAUUUCACAUUUAGAACUCUCUUAAAAUAAUCAUCUAUGUAGGGUACAAUUUCAAAUUCUGAGACUUGGAGCAUAAAACUUGUGAAACUGAUUGUGGAUAGCACAUGAAUGUGUACUGAUGUGAAAAAAGUUACAAUGUUUUCUUUUUGUAUUAAUUUGCUUAUCUAUUAAGUGCCAAAACUUUAACUAUGUGAUCUGAACUUUCCAAUGAAGCCUUAUGUUUUGCUACCACCAAUGGAAUUUUAAUGUAACUGUAACAACAGGGAGUAUAAAAGUUUCUCAUAGGAAAUUAAAUUAAAUGAGAUAAAGCUUUAGAGAAAAAAAUAUGAGGAUUAAGGUUACAUUAAUUAGUAAUAGAAAAUGGUUUAACAGUUGAUUGGAAUUACAAUGAUCAUUAUAGUUUUCUUUUUAUGACUUUUAAAGAACAUUUAUUGAUAGUUUUGCAAUUUCUUUGCACAGUGAAAUAACAAAAAAGCACUUUUUUUAUUGUGCCAAGUGCAGUGCAGUGGCUAAUGUGUUAGAUUGUGGAACUAAGUUUCUAUGGUUUGUGUCCCAUUACCAUCAGAAACAUAAAAUCUUGAUGCACACUUUGAAGCAUGAGUGUGUUAUAAGAAUGAUGGUCAAAUUGCUUUUUUGUCUGACAAGAGUAGAUGUCUAGCUGCGUUCCUUAUAGUUCAUCACUUCAAAAUUAGCCUUGUGUAGCUUUGCAUGAAAUCAGACAAUGCUACAGUACACAGGAAAAUGGGGAAAACUGAAAUGCCUUAGAUAUAUGCUUAAUGACCUUCAGAAAAAUAAUAUUUUAUUUCUGUGGACUGUUUCAUCAAAGUAGUGUUCAAAAUUGAAGUUAAGCUACAAAAAAAUGCAUGUUGUAAUAUUUCAUUGCUUUUACUUUGAUUAGUUUUCUUCAUAUCUACAGAAAAAAAAUACUAUAAAAAG